CUGCCUUUGCCAACACCUACAUGCUCAUUACGUUCUUUUCGCCACAGUCAACGUAUCUUAAGUUUACCAAUCAAACAUAUCAUGCGAGCUAUAAUCUUUGAAAGCUACGGUGGCCCUGAAGUAUUGCAAAUUAUCGACAUUGAGAAACCGACCAUCAAGGGUAAUGAAGUAUUGGUCCAUGUCCGGGCAUGUGCUGCCAAUGCAGCCGAUUGGCACAUCAUGAGAGGAGACCCGUAUCUUGCUCGUCUAUACUUUGGGCUUACCAAUCCAAAGAAGAACACAGUCCUUGGAAACGACUUUGCUGGGAUAGUCGAGGCGGUCGGACCACAAGUAACAAACUUUAAACCCGGCGAGGAGGUGUUCGGCCAAGUCAUUACAGGGGCGUUCACGGACUUCCUUUGCGUAUCAGAAAACAGUCUCAGUCAUAAACCCAAAAACCUAUCUUUCGAACAAGCGGCGUCUAUACCCUGCGCUGGAUUGACAGCUCUACAAGCCCUCCGUAACGCUGGAAACAUUCAACCCGAACAAAAACUUCUCAUCACUGGCGCGUCUGGCGGUGUCGGGUCAUUCGCAGUACAAAUUGCCAAAGCACUCGGUGCGGAAGUGACCGCAGUGUGCAGUACUCGCAACGUCGACGCUAUGCAUUCUAUCGGUGCCGACUAUACUAUCGACUAUACAAAGGAUGACUAUACUUUGGGGAAUCAACAAUAUGAUCUUGUCUUAGAUAUUGCUGGUGACAAACCAUUCGCUGACAUUCGGCGGAUAAUGAAACCAUCUGGCGCCUUUUGUCCAGUUGGUGGGCCGGGCGGUGGACUUUUAGGCAGUAUGGCCGACUCUCUCAAAGCGCUUGUUGUAUCCCAAUUCCUUAGCCAAAGGGUUGUUUUAGUGAUGACAAACACCAAUAAGUCAGACCUGGACUAUUUGAAGGAAUUGAUCGAAACAAACAAGGUCAAGCCUGUUAUUGAUUGUCGCUUCAGCUUUGACGAAAUACCAAAAGCCAUUCACCAUAUGGAACAAGGGCAUCCAAAAGGAAAAGUGGUCAUUUUUAUGUGAGUGUCCAUGACAGAUUUGACCAGACCCCAAUAGUACGCGACUAGUUGUAUAGGAUUGCUUAUUCUAGACUUAUUCUGGCUAUAAUGCAUAAAGCUUCCUUCAUUUGCACUUGAAGACUAGUUCUGGGAGAAGCUGUCUGAGUGAUAAUCUUUACGUCCUUCCAAAUACAUUCUAUUAAAAUUUUGGUAGUUGGUAAGGAGGCAAUGAACCCUCCUUCGUAGCUCCAUG